UUAGAAAAAGGAUCUUCCACCUGCAAAGUGCGCCCGGCCUGCACAGACAAGGAUUAUUUCUAUACCCACACAGCUUGUGAUGCUAAUGGAGAGACACAGCUCAUGUACAAAUGGGCCAUGCCAAAAAUCUGUGGUGAGGACCUUGAGGGAGCAGUGAAGCUGCCCGCUUCGGGUGUGAAGACCCGAUGCCCACCCUGCAACCCAGGCUUCUUCAAAACCAACAACAGCACCUGCGAGCCCUGCCCCUAUGGCUCGUACUCCAAUGGCUCGGAUUGUACCCACUGCCCAGCAGGAACUGAGCCUGCAGUGGGAUUUGAAUACAAAUGGUGGAACACACUGCCCUCCAACAUGGAAACUACAGUUCUCAGCGGAAUCAACUUUGAGUACAAAGGCCUGACAGGCUGGGAGGUAGCUGGUGACCACAUUUAUACAGCUGUUGGAGCCUCAGACAACGACUUCAUGAUUCUUACUCUAGUUGUGCCAGGAUUUAGACCUCCACAGUCAGUGAUGGCAGACACGGAGAACAAAGAAGUAGCCAGAAUCACAUUUGUCUUUGAGACCAUCUGUUCUGUGAACUGUGAGCUCUACUUCAUGGUGGGCAUGAAUUCCAGGACCAAUACUCCAGUGGAGACGUGGAAAGGCACCAAAGGCAAACAGUCCUAUACCUACACCAUCGAGGAGAAUGCUACUGUGAGCUUCACAUGGGCCUUCCAGAGAACCACUCUUCAUGAAACCGGCAGAAAGUACACUAAUGACGUUGCCAAGAUCUACUCCAUCAAUGUCACCAACGUCAUGGGUGGCGUGGCCUCCUACUGCCGUCCCUGUGCCCUGGAAGCCUCUGACUUGGGCUCUUCCUGCACCUCUUGUCCUGCGGGCCAUUACAUUGACCGGGAUUCUGGAACCUGCCACCUCUGUCCCCCUAACACCAUCCUGAAAGCUCACCAACCUUAUGGUGCACAGGCUUGUGUGCCCUGUGGCCCAGGGACCAAGAACAACAAGAUCCACUCUCUUUGUUACAAUGACUGCACCUUCUCCCUCUCCCGGAACACUCCCACCAGGAUUUUUAACUACAACUUCUCAGCUUUGUCUGGCACGGUCUCUCUGGCAGGAGCGCCAAGCUUCACUUCCAAAGGGCUGAAGUAUUUCCAUCAUUUCACCCUGAAUCUCUGUGGAAACCAGGGGAAAAAAAUGUCUGUGUGCACAGACAAUGUUACUGACCUCCGGAUACCUGAAGGUGAGGCCGGUUUUUCCAAGUCCAUCACAGCCUACGUCUGCCAGGUGGUCAUCAUCCCCUCAGAGGUGACAGGCUACAAGGCUGGGGUGUCCUCACAACCAGUCAGUCUUGCUGACAGACUUAUUGGGGUGUCGACAGACAUGACUCUGGAAGGAAUCAUCUCCCCGGCUGAACUUUUCCACCCAGAGACCUCAGGGAUCCCGGACAUAGUCUUCUUUUUUAGAUCCAAUGAUGUGACCCAGUCCUGCAGUUCUGGAAGAUCAACCACCAUCCGCCUCAGAUGCAACCCUAUGAAAGCUGCUCCGGGCACUCUGCAGUUACCCAGCAUGUGCUCUGACGGGACCUGCGAUGGCUGUAACUUCCACUUCCUGUGGGAGAGUGUGGCUGCUUGUCCACUCUGCUCAGCCUCGGACUAUCACACUUUUGUCAGCAGUUGCGUGGCUGGGAUCCAGAAGACUACUUACAUGUGGCGAGAACCAAAGAUGUGCGCCGGGGGCAUCUCCCUGCCUGAGCAGAAAGUCACCAUCUGCAAAACGAUAGACUUCUGGUUAAAAGUGGGCAUCUCCGCUGGCACCUGCACCGCCAUCCUGCUCACCGUCCUGACCUGCUACUUUUGGAAGAAGAAUCAAAAACUGGAAUACAAAUACUCCAAAUUGGUAAUGAAUGCUACCCUCAAAGACUGUGACCUGCCAGCAGCGGACAGCUGUGCCAUCAUGGAAGGAGAGGAUGUGGAAGAUGACCUCAUCUUUACCAGCAAGAAGUCACUGUUUGGGAAGAUCAAAUCCUUUACCUCUAAGAGGACUCCUGAUGGAUUUGACUCGGUGCCGCUGAAGACAUCUUCAGGAGGCCCAGACAUGGACCUGUGAGAGGCACAGGCCCUGCCUCGCCUGCCUCGCCUGGGCACAUCAUCCUGCAGGCCUGUGGCAAUGUAGGCACAAGCAUCCUGCACUCCCCACUGCUGGGAAUCUCUUCAUCGUGGCCUUAUCAGAAGUUUGGAUUUCAGACCCUUGUUUUUUACAGAGUACCCAAACCUUUCUCUCUGCUUGCC